AUGCAGAGCUGGUUCUUCGCGCUGUUUGCGCAAGAUGAUUUCAGUGGUGGUUUUUGCAGGACUCCAGGGCUGAAGACGGUCGGAGAGCCUUUAACUCCUGCUCUCCAUCUGCUGCUGGAAAACAGCACCGGAUCCAGAACAAAUGACCUGAAGCUGCUCCGAGCGAUCGUCGAUUACAGUUUGGACCGACAGAUCGCGCUCACUUUGGCUCGAUACCUGGACAAAGAAGAGCGAUUUCUUCCACCGCCAAGCAUCAGAGUCGUCGUGACUGUUGAGCAGACGCAGGAGGAGAUGGAGAAAGCAGCGCAGUGCAUUCGAGAAGCAGCUGUGAAGAUCCUGAAAUGACGACCGAUCACCUUCAACAGCAUGAAGCUUCACAUGUGUCAUUGACAGCGAGAGCCAUCCCGCCUGAUGGUUCGGUGACCUUUGACCCGACACAACUCCAUUGGAUGAAUACUCUGAUUGAACCUGCUUGUAUUAUAUUUAUGUAUCCCAUACCUGCUGUACAGAUAAUGUUGAUUAUUUUAGUCUUCAUUUCACAUUGAAAUAGAUGCAGAGCUGGUUCUUCGCGCUGUUUGCGGUUGGUGUGCACCAUCAAACCUAUUUAUGUUGUGUUCAUCGCCUUGAAUGAUGAUGGGAGGUCUUGACUAAU